UUGAUGUUGAAUAUGCCUUAUUAGCAUAUUAAAAUGGCUGUACCCAAAGACGCCAUCCCUUCCUUGUUGGAAUUCCAGUGCCAGAUCUGUGUGGAAAUCCUAAUUGAGCCUGUGACACUCCCUUGUAACCACACGCUCUGUAAACCAUGCUUCCAAUCGACUGUCGAAAAGGCAAAUUUGUGCUGUCCCUUCUGUCGCCGCCGGGUCUCUUCGUGGACUCGGUACCAUACCCGAACAAAUUCUCUUGUCAAUACGGAACUGUGGGAGAUAAUUCAAAAACACUAUACAGAGGAAUGCAAGCUGAGAGCCUCUGGGCAAGAAUCAGAGGAAAUUGUUGAUGACUAUCAGCCAGUUCGCCUAUUAAGUAAACCUGGGGAAUUAAGAAGAGAAUAUGAAGAGGAGAUAAGCAAGGUGGAGGCAGAGCGACGAGCCAAUGAGGAAGAAGAAAACAAAGCCAGUGAAGAAUACAUACAGAGAUUACUGGCAGAGGAAGAAGAAGAGGAAAAGAGACAGGCAGAAAAAAGGCAAAGAGAGAUGGAAGAACAACUGAAAAGCGAUGAAGAGCUGGCAAGAAAGCUAAGCCUUAAUAUUAACAAUUUCUGUGAGGGAAGUAUCUUGGCUUCGCCCUUGAAUUCUGAAAAAUCUGAUCCAGUCACAACCAAGUCACAGAAGAAAAGUAAGAACAAACAAAUGAACACUGGAGAUAUUCAGAAGUAUUUGUCACCUAAAUCUCAGCCUUGGUCAGCAUCACAGUCUGAAGUUGUACAAGAAGACAGGGAAGACUCCAUGUCUAAGGAAACUGACAGCAGUGAUGUGAAGAGCCCUACAUGGCAAGACACAGAAAUUGAGGAAGAUAUGCCAACACUUUCUCCUCAGAUAUGCCUUGAAGUUCAUGAACAAGGUGCACAAUCUUCAGUGGAGUCACCUAUGCCUCAGUUAUGUGCCAGUGGUAAAGAAUGGUGCCUUGAAGGAAAAGUCAAAACAAGACCAAGCAAUCAUGAAAAAGAGUUGUGUGUCAUAAAUCAUGAGGGACCUGAAGCCAGAGUUCCCUACCCUGGAGAAGCUGCAGUUAAGCCUUGUGGCAAAACAGAGAGUCGGUGCACUGUAUCAGAUAUGACACAGAUAAUUAGAAAUAACACAGUUGAGACAGAAAAUGAAGAGUCUCACCUACUGAUCAGUAAAGAUAUCUCCAAAAGAAAAAAACAGGAAUCUUUGUCUGAAGCAGUCAGGGAUCCAUGCUUUUCUGCAAAAAGAAGAAAAAUGUUCCCCAAAGCUUCCUCAGACCAAGAAGAAACAGAAAUCAACUUUACCCAAAAACUGAUAGAUUUGGAAUGUCUACUUUUUGAGAGACAUAAACAAGAAGAACAGGACAGGUUAUUAGCACUACAGCUUCAGAAAGAGGUGGAUCAAGAACAGAUGAGGCCAAACCGGCAAAAAGGAUCCCCAGAUGAAUAUCAGUUACAUGCUACAUCCUCACCUCCAGACAGAUUACUAAAGGAACAAAGGAAGAAUUCCAAAGAUAGAAACUUCAAAAGACAGACUAAUCUAGAGCAUCCAAAACCUAGGAGAGGCUCAAAAAAUGAAAAUUGGCAACCUUCUUUUGAGAUCCAGUUGAAACAUUCAGUUAAUGGAAGAAAGAUAACAAAUUCUACUAGAGAUAAUUGUAAUGUAUCUAAAACUCCUCAUUCCCUACAGCCUAGUAAGUCACAGAAAAGUAUUUUUCAGAUGUUUCAGAGAUACACAAAGUAGUGCUUGGGUAAGGGGAGUGUUGUAUAAUCUAGUGAAGCUCUCUAUCAUAGAUUCUUUUUAAAUUUUUCAUUAAUUCUGCUCCGUGGGCAUACUCACUGUCCUUAAUUAAAGACGGUGUGAUUACAGGGGAGGAAUAUACAAAUGUGUUUCUGCCAAACUCGGUUGUAAGCAAGAGUCCCACUCCUUUCCUUUUUUAAUCACUGGUGUACUAAAUUUAAGUUGACAGUCCUUAUGGAUAUAAAAAUGCCUUGGCCAACUCCCAAGAAAUCUUCAUUUCCAUGCAUUUCCCCCCAUAUGCAUGUUUUGUGGCCUUCACGCGCCUUUUUGUACUGACUAGUAAUCAAAGCAACAUUAUAAUCUACCAAGUAGCUAAGGAAUCCAGGCAGGGUUUAGAAUCUAAGUUUUCUUGCAACUUUCCCAUAUAUUUGCAGAGCACUUGAAGUCCAUCUUUCAUAACACUAAAGUAAUCUAAUUUCCAUGUCCACUUCAAUUACUUUAAGUAUUACAGCAUUUUUUUUUUUUGACUUAAAAUGGGUUAGGAUCAACGUGAAAGCAGAAAAAUCAGAGUUUUCUGGAAAAUUAGGACUUAGUUGACAGAAAGGAAACUAGACUCUUGAUGCAAAAGUAGCUAAGCUUGGGAUGAGGCUGAGUGGGGUAGAUUGACAAUUUGGAGGCCUUGAAACUGAGUGGAUGAUCAGACAACUGGGUCCAGGCUGGAGUAGCAGGUGUAGUUUGGCAAAGUAUUCUUCCUCGUGCUUUCUUUGCUAGAUGGCACAGAAAACAUUUGGGUUUUAACAGCUUUUCAUACCAUACUAUCUAAUCUGCUAUUCCAAAAAAGUGGAGGGGGGGGGAAUUUACUGUAGGAGAGUUAUGUCGCAGUAUCCUAUGUUGUAGAACCUGACUAAUCAUGUUUUUAUUUCCUUAUGUUAACCUUUGUAUUGAUACUGACUUUUAUUUGUGUUUAUGGACAAAAAUAGAAAGUAUGAUAUUUGGGUUUUGCUCUGUCUUGCCCCUGAAAGUUAAAUCAGAAGGCUGCGAUUUCAUUUUGUGAAAUUUAACUUGGAGACUAUUAAUCUUUUGUUUCAUUAAUAGGAACAACUUUG